AUGUCGGCACUAUCCGCAUCCAAGCAAAAGCGCCUCGCCGCAAAGGCACUCAAGGACGCCUCCAAAAAGUCCUCCACCGCCUCUUCACCCGCCACCACAAAUGGCCGCAACACCCCCGCCCCUCCAGAGCCCUCGGCCGAUGAUGUCGAUGCCCUCAUCCCCGGCCUCAACGCCAUGGAGGUCGCCCAACGCAAAGGCGGUGACCGUACCUCGACCGGAAUCCUGACCUCCCAACCUCUCUCGCGCGAUAUCAAGAUCGAGUCCUUUUCUCUCCGUUUCCACGGUCGCGAGUUGAUCUCCAACACGGAUAUUGAUCUCAAUUUCGGACGUCGCUAUGGACUCAUCGGUGCCAACGGAUCUGGAAAGUCGACGUUCCUCGAGUGUCUUGCUGCCCGUGAGGUUCCUAUCCCCGAGCACAUUGAUAUUUAUUUGCUGCAAGAGGAAGCUGCUCCCUCGGAUCAAAAUGCCAUCGAGGCGGUCAUGACCGAGGCGAAACACGAGGUGGAGCGUCUAGAGAAGCAGGUCGAGGAUUUGUUGGCAGAGGUCGACGGAGCCGAUAACCCACUGUUGGACGACAUCUACGACCGUAUCGAGCAACUGGAUCCUGCCACCUUUGAGACGCGUGCUGCAACGUUGCUUCACGGUCUUGGAUUCACCAAGAAGGAUAUGCUCAAAGCCACUAAGGACAUGUCUGGAGGAUGGCGUAUGCGUGUUGCUCUGGCCAAGGCUCUGUUCGUCAAGCCCACGCUUCUUUUGUUGGACGAACCUACCAACCAUUUGGAUCUCGAGGCGUGUGUGUGGCUAGAGGAUUACCUCUCCAAGUACGACCGUAUUUUAAUCCUCAUCUCCCAUUCCCAGGAUUUCUUGAACGGAGUCUGCACCAACAUCAUGAACCUGAACCACAAGCGCAAGCUGGUCAACUAUGGUGGUAACUACGACACCUAUGUGAAGACCCGUGCCGAGUUGGAGGUCAACCAAAUGAAGGCCUAUGUGAAGCAGCAAGAGGAAAUUGCUCAUAUCAAGAAGUUCAUUGCUUCUGCCGGUACCUACGCCAACUUGGUCAGACAGGCAAAGUCCAAGCAGAAGAUUAUCGACAAGAUGGAGGCUGCUGGAUUGGUGGAGAAGGUAGAUCCACCCAUGUUGUUCAAGUUCAAGUUUUCGGACACCGACAAGUUACCUCCUCCUGUGCUGGCGUUUGACGACGUCGGUUUUGCCUACUCGGGGAAUAUCAAGGAUGCUCUCUACCGGGGAGUUGAUCUUGGUAUCGAUAUGGAUUCGCGUGUUGCGUUGGUCGGACCGAACGGAGCAGGAAAGUCGACUUUGCUCAAGUUGAUGACCGGAGAGCUGACGGCGACCGAGGGCCGAAUCCAGCGCCAUAUGCAGUUGAAGCUGGGCAAAUACAACCAGCACUCGGCCGAUCAACUGGAGAUGGACCUGUCACCCAUUGACUACCUGCGCAAGAAGUUCCCUGAUUUGCAACAGGAUAUUGAUUACUGGCGCCAGCAGAUUGGUCGUUAUGGAUUGACUGGAUCGCAUCAGACAUCGCCCAUCGGACACCUCUCGGAUGGACUCAAGACACGCUUGGUGUUUGCCGAGCUGGCAUUGUCGAGGCCUCAUAUGUUGUUGCUGGACGAGCCUACGAAUCAUUUGGAUAUGGAGUCGAUUGAUUCGUUGGCGGAAGCGAUCAAGAACUUUUCGGGAGGCGUCGUGUUGGUCUCUCACGAUUUCCGUCUGUUGAAGGAGGUUGCGGACCAGAUUAUUGUUGUCGACAAGGGCGUGUCUGUCUUUGACGGGACCAUUGCUGAGUACAAGAAGAUCCUCCAGAAGAAGUCGCGUGAGAGCACCAUCAACUAG